GUACGAAAGAUAUCAAUUAACGAUCAUGGAAACUGAUUAUAAGUCAGAGAACACACAAUAUUCAUUAAUUGUAUAUAAUACUUCAAAUUACAUUGUGAACUUAGAUAUAGACAAACGCCGCGGCACACCGUUAAUCAGAGCUCAUUAAUCGCGGGUGUGAGAAACGUUAAUUGUAAUCACGGCAUGAAGAAUUAUACACUCACAAUGAAGAAUUACAAGCAUCGUGACACCUCUCGAAGAGGGGGGGGGGGGACGGCGGGAGAGGCGAGCGGGACCACGUAGUGUUUCACGUCGAGAGGCGAGGAUUUCAAGCUCUCUUUAGCGGCGCGCACCAGAGAGCGAGCAGGAACGGGCCGUCCCACGACGAGGCGCGUCCGUGGUGGGGUGUCAGCCGUGGCUUAUCUGGCGACUUUAUGUAUAUUACGAUACCCGAGGCAGGAACACGAGCAGUUCACUGCUGGCUAACCGGUCGGAGAAGUCGGCGAAGCCGAAUCGUCCGCGCGGCGUGUCUCGCCGGAGUGCACGGAAGAAAGAAGUGGAAAAGCGUGUUCGUGUUUCACCUUUUCAACGAGAAACCGCGUUGUCCCUUUUCUUCCUUUCUUUCUUUCCUUCUUUCUUUUUCUUUCCCUUUUCUCGCGUGUAUGCAAUAAAUAAACGUCACGCUCACGCCCGCGAGUACAACCGCGGAGCACGCGUGAACGUCAACGUUGUGGCACGGAUCGAACGGAGCGUAUCGGCGCCGAUCGUCACUCCUUGAUCCAGGAUGAUCGUUCUCGCGUGGUGCCUCUUCGUUAUCGUCUCGUUCCUCGUGGCGGGCAAUCAGGCCUUCCUCAACGCGCCCAUACCAGCUCACGCGGUGUCGAGUUACGGCAUCGGUGCUGAAAGGCGAAUGGAGAGCAAUAAAGCGACUCACGGCGCAAACGACAAUCAUCACUCGGUCGACUCGAAAUCCAACGACGACGACGUCGACGUCGACGGCGGCGGCGGCGGUGGCGGCGGCGGCGGCGGCGGCGGCGGAACAGUCUACGUGAUUGCAUUCGAGGGGAAGGAGAACGGGGAGAAAGAAAGAGACAUGGAAGAGAGCGGUUCGCCUUUUGUUGUAGUCAACAACGACCUGCAGAAUCCUCUGGAUCCGUGGUCGAUAGUCUGGUACAUCGGCUCGUUCGGCGGCCUGGUGGCGUUCUUCCUCAUCGUCAGCUGUUCCGAGUGGUGCUGUCGACGUGGCAGCCGACCCCUCACGGUGCCCUACGCACAACGCGCCGAAACGAUAAACACAACCGGAGUUACGGAAACCCCGCCGCCACCUUACCACCUAUUCGCCCCACCUUCUUACGAUUCCGUCAACUACGGCGAGAUCGUCGACAAGACGUCCGGCGAGAAACUGGACAUCUACGUGAUCUCCGUGCCGGUCCACAGGCCAGUGGUGCAGGCGCCAGUGUAGAAGACCUGGGAAAGGCUCAUCCUUUUGACGAGGAUCAUCAUACCUGAUUUAUCGAUGACGGUCGACAUACGAUCGCGUAGAAGCGGUCUCGCGAACCCUUCAUUAAAAUCGCCGGCUAGUUCGACGUUGAAGAGAACUGCUCGAGAAAGAAGCGCAACUAUCGUACAGAAGUGACUACGCAUGUGUCUUCGUUACAGCUGAGAAAUUUACUUAUUCGACGACAUUGACAGAGAUGAUGAACGUUCGUCGAAGCAUUAAUGUCAUUCCGAAUCAAAUGAGUCGCUUCCCGCGGCGUUUCCACGGAACGGUGACGGAUACACCGAAAUUCUGAGAAAAAAUUGUCACGUCAUCGUAAUCACGUCGAUCUCGAAAAAGAUCACGACGGUAGAGAAGAUUACGCCGAUAUAAUUCUAGAUAGAAUUUAAUUUUAUACUGUUCCGGGAAAUUCAAUUUCUCGCGAUUUCAAACGAAAAUUCUAUGACCAAAUUAUGAAAAUUGUCAUCAAGGUUUUCCUGGAAUCAACGAGAGAGAAAGAAGAACGACGAGCUAACGACACUGAAGAGAUCUAAGUCAAUACUUGUGUGGAGAAAAAUUUAGUAUGCAUCGAUAGUAUAAUAUUGAGAGAUGACACUUAGAUGAUAUAUCAGAUAUAUGAUCAAAGUCGAUCAGACUCGAAUAUUCUCCUAGACAAGUGAUAAAAGAAUUGAUAUAAAAAAAAAAAAAAAUAGAGAACAGUUCUUACGCGAGAAAACAAGAUGUUCGUGAAUUCCUUGAACUGAUGAACGCUAUGAACUUCAAAAUACACCGUUUUAAUUGCAGAGCAAUAAUUAAUUUAAUCGGCCUGCGAAAAAUGGCGAAUCGUGCGAUAAUUUAAUUAUCAAUGCGUUUGCGGGAACGUUGAUCGUCUUGCACGCGCGGUGUUGAGGGUUUUGACAGGCAGAAUUAUGGCAGGACGUGCGAACACAUUUCGGAAUAUACAUGUAAAUGAAAUAAAAACAGUUCAGCCAAUCACUGCCAUUCCAAAUCGGAACAAUCACGAUUUAGAUUUUAUCCAGUUUUAAUAUUAUUAAAUUUUUUUAUUAUAUAUUUUAGAAAUACCGCGUCUUUAAAGAUAAGUGUCGAUGAAUAUAUCCACUGGAUAUACACACACACACACACACACACACACAAAACACACACGACUUUGAGAAAUUUCUGUUUUCCUCGACGAUAUUCGUCGAUUCGUCGAUUAUCGUUGGCGAAUUCAUUCUGAGAUGUAACAUUAUAUAUGAAUUAAGAGAACUUUAUACGUGAUAUCGUCGCAUGCGAUUGGCCCCAAUCGCCUAUCGACUCCGUCAAUUAGGGACGAUUAGUGUAGAUAACAAAUCGACUGCCAUGAGAAGUGUCUCCCCGCGAACGAGACCGCGAGAAUAAUUCAAGAUAAUAAAGCGAGCGCGCGAGUGUUUGCCGCGGAGCAACUACGGCGAGUGCAGUGUUACACGAUAAGGACGAAGGAGGACAGACGGUUCGUGGCUCCUUGCGUGAGCGACGAACCGCGAGCGAUCAAUUACACGUUAAUUAGCGUCGCAUUCACGACGGAGUCCGUUUCCUCCGCGCGGCGGAUCCUCAUUCUGCGUCAGAGAAUGCGGCGCUUAUUCUCCCUGACGCGAAACGUCGGGCGGAUAACGGCGUGACUCGCCGUUCAUAACGAAUCCUCGGGCGAAACGAAAACCCGAUCAAAUGUGCCAUGCAUGCAAUUCUCUGGACUAGAAGGGAUUUGAAUUCAAGUCAAAUUGAUCGUGCAGUUUACGCCGAGCGCCCAGAUAAAUGUGCAGUGAAAUCUCGAUCCGACGCCGGAGUUCGUGCAGACAAGAUAAUAUUUCAUUUGCGCUUGUAAUAAAAAAAAAAUGAAAAAGAAGAAAAUUAUGAACUUUUCUCAGAAUCUACGGAGAGCGACUGUAGUAGAGUUUUGCAAAAGAGCUGCGCAAUAAUGUAAGGACCGACUGUUUGUGUCGCACCUUGAAAAUGGAACGAGGCCUAAUUAUCAGAAAAUAAAUAGUAAAUUCUAAAAUGUGCAAUAUCUGCUGCAGAUCUUCCAAUGUAGUUUUUCGAAACGUAAAAAACUCUUACGGAACACAGUUAACAAGACAUAUAGUUAUUCAUAUGUAUGUGUGAGAUUGCGGUAUGUGUGUGUUAGAAUGCUUUAAUUAAUUAACAGUAAAUAAGGAUAAUUUUGAUGCUACGUCAAUUACGAUUAGCGGUAUAACAAUCACGAUCAUCACGGCAAUUGCGAUUGAAUCCCGACCACAUUUCGAAGAGAGCGUGUACCUCCCAAAAAUCGAAUCGUAUAAUAAUAUUUCGUGACAACUGUACAAUCCCGAACUACCUGCGAUCUGCGAUCUUACGAAAUCCAAGGAAAUCCGCCUUUCCUCUGCAAUUCGUAUUUCUAAUAACCGUCGAAGGGCUGUAAUUAAUAAGGUUCAUAAAUACUGUGAUUCACGUAAGAACAGUUAGAUAGACAAAUUCGAAAUAGAUCGUAAAGGCGGUCCCGUUCCCUCAGCGGCAUCUUGUCCCUUUCAAAGCGAACGAUUCGACCAUUUUCUCCCGUUGCUACUGUUAAAAAUUAUUAUUAUUACUGUUACUAUGUCGUAGCUGUACUCUUGACUGCGCUCGCGACGCAUUCCCGGCGCAUCGCGUGCGCCGAGAGUGCGUCGCGACCCCGACUCGUUAUCGUCAUAUAUUAAGACUCACGAAAUGGACGGCGCGCGCGUUGUGAGCUGUUGAUAUUUAUUUUUUAUACUUUUAUACACACGCUGUUUAUAUAUAUAUUUGAACGUCCCUACGUUAUACCAAUAAAAUUUCUUUUCCCAUGUA